AUGGAGGACUCUCAUGUGGAUCACCAGCCACCACAAAUUUGUGAUGAAGACAAAGCGAAACUGGUAAUCAAUGCAUUACCACCAAAUGGAGGUCGUGGCACGUACAGCUACUCCAAAAAUUCCUACUUUCAGAAACUAAGUUCAAGCGUUGAAAAGAGCAAGAUAGAAGAAGAAAUCCACAAGAAUCUUGAUGUGAAAAAGCUUGCUUCUGCUUCAAACAUGAUACGUGUGGCAGAUUUGGGAUGUGCCACUGGUCCAAACAGCUUCACGACUGCACAGGACGUUCUUGAAGUUAUUAAAAAGAAGUACCAAAGCCAAUGUCAAAAUGCUGCAAUGCCAGAGUUCCAUGUGUUCUUCAAUGAUCUACCAUCCAACGAUUUCAACACCCUCUUCUCCUCUUUGCCUCAAGAUAAACAAUACUUUUCAGCUGGUGUGCCUGGUUCUUUCUAUGAUCGCUUGUUUCCUAAAUCUUCUAUUCAUUUUGCAUAUGCUAUCUAUGCACUUCAUUUUCUUUCAAAGUCACCAGAAAAGCUACAAGACAUGAACAAGGGAAGAAUUCACUACACAAGUGCUUCCAAGGAAGUAAUUGAUGCUUAUGCUAAUCAAUUUUCUGAGGGUGUAGGGAACUUCUUGGAUGCUAGGGCUACAGAACUUGUGCCUGGUGGCAUGCUGGUCAUUGUCAUGCAAGGUGUUCCUAAUGGUAUGCCUCAUUCUGACACCGUAAAUGGUAUGUUGUAUGAUUGUAUAGGAUCAGUCCUCAUGGAGAUUUCAAAAGAGGGGCUGUUUGAUGAAUCUCAAGUUGAUUACUUCAAUUUGCCAUACUAUGCCCCAAGUCCUGAGGAGAUGACAAAGGUGAUAGAAGCAAAUGGGCAAUUUAGCAUUGAGCGAAUGGAGCUUACAGACCCAUCACCAUGGUUAAAAGGCACCUGCAGCCACAUAAUACCCGAAUUUAUAAUUCAUAUAAGGGCUGCAAUGGAGGGAAUCUUCACCAGACAGUUUGGAAAUGAAGUUACAAAUGAAAUGUUCCAACGUCUUAUCAAACUGUUGUCUGACAAAAGUGAACUGCUGGACACAAAAUAUAGGGACAAAACUCAGUUUUUUGUUGUUUUAAAGCGUAAAGAGUGA